AUGCUUAUAAGCUGGAAUCGAUUCAUUCUGUAUGGAGACGACGUCGAUGACAAAGACGUUCGGAAGGUACUCAAAUCUUCAAAGACGGCUUCAUUCUCGUUAGUGGAGGAAAUUCAUGCAUCAGAGCAUGAAUUUCUCCCCAGUGGUUUCGCCGCACAACACAAAUUCCAGGUGUCGUUGGAGCCAUCUUCUUUUACCGAUGAGAAGUUUGCGCUAUACGAAAGUUAUCAGCGACAAAUACACCUUGACGAAGAUAACACACGUCACGGCUUCAAGAGGUUUCUGGUUGAGACGCCUCUGCAUCGUGAAGCCAUCAAGUAUGCGAGGAUCCGCCCUGUUCAUCUGCCUCUCGAAUAUGGUUCAUACCACCAGAUGUAUCGGCUCGAUGGAGAGCUGAUCGCAAUGGGAGUCAUUGAUAUACUACCUGAAUGUGUCUCCAGUGUUUAUUUCAUGUACGAGAAGAAAUGGGAGAGGUUUUCGUUGGGCAAGCUGAGUGCUUUCAGGGAAUCCGCACUCGCGAACGAAAUGCACAAAGCCGGAGUUGUCAAUGUUAAAUCCUUAUAUAUGGGUAUGGUUGUGACAGUCAUUUCAUUCAAAUUUUAA